AUGUUCAUACCCUCCGCGACGCAGUCAGGUAAAGGCCCAGCCAGAUCACUCAACGUCAUCUUAUAUGCCUCUCCAGCCACGAAAUGUCAAACUGAUUGCACGUCGGGAACGGAUCGGAGCAAAACGAACUGCCUGCAUAGUUUGGGCGCGGCUUCGAGUAGCCCGAUCGACUCCGCCGUCGAGAGAAGAUCUGAUAGAUCCGGCGCUCCUGUUUGAGGCU